AUGGGCGAAAUUGCAUCGUCGGUGCGGCCGGCUCCUCCUCAGACAUUGCCUUUCCACUCGAAGUUGUCGGCCGCAGAGCAUGUCGAAGACACAUCAAUCACCUCACACGAUCUCGGCGAUAGGCCAGCCAAGCGACAACGAAGCUCCACCGGCUUGCUCAAGAGACCAAACAUGUCCACUGCCACUGGCGCAACCGACACACCCGUAGAUUCAUUCAUGAACACGCCCAACCGAUCCAAAGAUAACCUCCACACCGACCAGGCGCCUCCGACCCAGACCAAGGACUGGCAACCUGCACCUCAAGCAGACGAGGCCCCAUGGCAACCUCCCGCGCCUCUACGCGACUUCCCCCACCUGCCCAAACUCUGGGUGGACUACGAACCGCCCACCACCAGCGGCGAAGCCGUCGCCACCUGGGUCGAGGCCUUCGUCCCCGUCGUGUACGACUGCUACAAAGACUGGCCCCCGGACCAACGAACCCGGGAAUUCGACCGCCUGAUCAAGCACGACGAAGACCGCUACCGCAACGUCCUGGUCCGCUUCUACCACGACCACCCGCAUCUCAUCCCCGACCGGCCGCGCGCCGCCGCAUGCCAGAAAUAUAUCGAUUUCAAAUGGAACGAAACGCCCGCGAGCGUUGCGAAGAUGAAACUCGUCUUUCGCUCGGAAUACGCGUGGGAUCCGCGUGCGCCGGUCGUGGGCGUCGAAGAUCCCGUGGGUCCGAAGGGCGAGGCAGAUCUCGGGGAUGAGGUGUGCUGCAAGCAUUGCGUGAAGCGCGCCAAGAUUGCGCGGUGGACUUCGCUUGCUCGGCGUGUUGUCAAGCCGAAGAGGAAGGCGUCGUCGGUUAGUGAUUCCCAGGAGGUGGUGGAGGAGCCGAGGGAGGCAGUGAGCUCCAGUUCCUGCUCCGGCUCCGGCUCCGGCUCCAGCUUCAGGAGUAGUGGUGGUGGUGGUGCUGGUGAUGGAGGAGGAGGAGGUGGAGAAGACGCACAUGCACAUGCACAUGCAGACCGGCAUGGUGGAGGUGGGCGGCGAUGGGCUAUCGGGCCGCGGGCAAGCACGCAAGUGGAGCGGCCUGCGGCCGUCACGGCGUGA